AUGUUUUCUCCCGUGACAGAGGCCGAGACGCGCCAGAAACUGCUGCGCAAUGUGAAGAAAGAGGUGAAACAAAUUAUGGAGGAGGCAGUAACGAGAAAAUUUGUGCACGCAGACAGCAGCCACAUUAUAUCCUUCUGCGCUGUAGUGGAGGCCUGCAUGCUUCAUGGGCUGAAGCGGCGUAUUGCAGGCCUUUUGUGCAGUAACAAGGUCGCAGCCCUCUUCAUGAAGGCGGCAAAAAGCUUUUCGCCUGCUGAGGAACUCUGCCACAAGGUCCAGGAGCUGGAACAGCUCAUUGACAACAGCAAGCAGAACAAUUCUUCACUGAGUAAUGACCGCAGUCGGCAAUCCAAGCUGGCCAACCUCCCUCCUCAGGCACUGAAACACCUGUGGAUCCGGACUGCUCUGAUGGAAAAGCUCCUAGACAAGAUUGUCUUGUACUUGGUGGAAAACAGCAGUGCCUUCUAUGAGAAAGAAGCCAUGCUGAUGGAUCCUGUGGACGGACCAAUUCUUGCAUCUCUAUUGGUUGGCCCAUGCGCUUUGGAGUACACCAAAGUUAAGACUGCAGACCAUUUCUGGACAGACCCGUCUGCUGACGAGCUUGUGCAACGGCAUCGCAUCCACAGCAGCCACUGUCGGCAGGAUUCGCCCUCCAGACGACCUGCCUUGAUCCAGAAGAGACAGUCCAGUGGUAGCAUGGAUGAUCGCCCUCUCAUGUGGGUUAGAGAUUAUGUUGAAUCACUCCACCAAAACUCCAGAGCCACACUUCUCUUCGGAAAGAACAAUGUCCUGGUGCAACCAAGAGAUGACAUGGAGGCGAUCCCAGGCUACCUUUCUCUACAUCAAACUGCAGACCUCAUGACACUGAAAUGGACACCCAAUCAGUUGAUGAAUGGCAAUGUGGGGGAGCUAGAUUCUGAGAAAAGUGUAUAUUGGGAUUAUGCUAUGACAAUUCGUUUGGAGGAGAUUGUGUAUCUCCACUGUCAUCAGCAAGUGAACAGUGGUGGUACAGUAGUUUUGGUCAGCCAGGAUGGGAUCCAGAGACCUCCUCUACAUUUCCCCAAAGGAGGUCACCUCCUCCAGUUCCUCACCUGCCUGGAGACGGGCCUGCUACCUCAUGGACAGCUGGACCCGCCGCUCUGGAAUCAGAGAGGAAAGGGAAAGGUUUUCCCCAAACUACGAAAGAGGAGUCCACAUGGCUCAUGUGACUCUGUAUCUGAUAAAGAAGAUGAUGAAGCGACCGAUUAUGUGUUUCGGAUCCUCUUUCCUGGCAAUCAGAUGGAGUUCAUGGCCCUGGAGCUGAUGGACCAGGGUGUGAACAUGUGGCAACCGACGCCCAGAAAGUCCUCGUGCUCCUCCUGCUCACAGAAUGGAUCCUCUGAUGGCUCUCUGCCUAAUGGCUGUAAUCAGGAAAGGGCUCCAUUAAAGCUCCUUUGUGACACCAUGAAGUACCAGAUCAUCUCCCGUGCUUUCUAUGGAUGGCUUGCAUACUGCCGUCAUCUGUCCACAGUUCGCACCCACCUUUCUGCCCUGGUCAACACCACUAUAGUUGACCCUGGUGUGCCCUGUAAUGCCCGAGGAGGCCUCUCUGUGGAGGUCUGGGGCCGAUUCCUCAAGGACAGCUCUGCAUAUGAGGAAGAGGAGAUACACAGGCUUGUGUAUUUUGGUGGUGUGGAUCCUUCACUACGCAAAGAGGUCUGGCCCUUCCUGUUGGGACACUACCAGUUCAACAUGACUGAGAAAUGCCGGCUAGAGAUUGACGAGCAGAUGAAGAUCAUGUAUGAGCAAACUAUGAAGGAGUGGCAGGGUUGUGAGGCCAUUGUCCGACAGAGGGAGAGAGAGAAACACGCUGAGGCCCUGGCCAGAUGUUCAUCCGGAGCCAGUGUGGAAAGAGGACCGGUGCAGCGGGACUCCACCAUCAGUACAGAUUCUUCUCUAAGUAUCAGCUCAGAUCAACAGAAUGUCAACUCACAGAGUGAUUCCAGCAGCAGCAGCAGCAGCGCACAGGUGUUUGGAUCAGUUGAGGCAGUGGAUCAGAUUGAGACUGAGCCCAGGGCCGAAGAAGGAGAAGUGCAGCACAGCAGUCCAGUGACGGACAUCAAGAGUGGCACUGUAGACGCUCUGCAGCUUCCUUCCAGUACCCCGUCCUCCCCUGUUCUGUCAGAUCAACGUCCAGAUUCAGAAAACAGCCCUCUUGUGACAGAAUCAGCUGCUGGAUCCGCAACCCCGCCACCGUCAGAGGAAGCACCAGAAGUCUUACAUGAGAAAACUACAAGUGGAUCUCAGCCAGGAGGAGUGGAUGUAACAGACUCUGUAGCCAAGGAUGAGGUUUCAGAGACAAAGAUGGAGACCGUCUCAAAGGGCGAGAUGGUCAAGGACUGUGGAAUCAGUAAGCCACGAGAAACAUCUGACUCAGAAGAAAAACCUGACCUAAAAGAAAUGGAUACAAUAAAUGAGCAAUCGGCGGAUUUAAAAGUAGUAGACACAAAUAUGAAUUUAAGAAGUGAAAGCACUAAUGUUUUAAAACUAGAAAGAGAGAUUCAUAAUGAAUAUUUCCAAGCGCCUCCACUCGGGCAGACCUUGACUUUUCAAGCACACAAGAGCAAAGGUCUGGAAGUGGAGCAAUUAUGUCAACCUGCAGCAGAAAAAGAUACAAAUCCAGAGAGUGAAAAGAAGCCAGAGGUUUCUGAAAAACUUGAAACAACUUCAGAAAAAUCCCAAAUUACGAAGGCAGAGUCAGAGAGAAAGGAUGCUGGAGAAACAGUAUGUGACUUGGCUGAAACCAAAAAAGCUGCAGAAAUCCCAUUUGAGAAACCUGGUUCAAACUCACCUGUCAGACAGGUGCUGAAUGCUCUUCAGUCAGCAUCAAGAGGCAGCCUCUCACUAUCGUCUCGGCAAUCUCCGGACACAGCAGAUUCAGACGACUCUCCUUCUGCACUGGAAAUGGAGGACAUUCCUGCAGGGACAUGCGUGACAUCUGAGGAUAUUAAAGCCAGGCCUUUGGCAUGUCUUGCUGCACCUCCUCUCUCCCUUGCGCAACGACAGAAAAUGGCAGAGGACCUUGCUCUAGAUCACCAUCUGGACACAGCCUGUAACACCAGUCCUGAGGGCACCGACCUGGGCCUUUCUGAAGAGGAGCCUGAGAUGGAAAAUGUGCUCACUGAACAAGAGUGUGCAGAGGUGGGAGGGGACACCAAACAUGAUGAAUCCUCUGAAGAACAAACCUAUUCUCAAGAAACACUGGACAUGUACUUGAUCAAUUUACAUCGCAUUGACAAAGACGUCAGACGUUGUGACAGAGCAUAUUGGUACUUCACUCCUGAGAACCUGGAAAAGCUGCGUAACAUCAUGUGCAGCUACGUGUGGCAGCAUCUGGACACAGGUUACGUCCAGGGCAUGUGUGAUCUGCUGGCUCCCUUGCUGGUUAUUCUGGAUGAUGAGGUCAUGGCGUUUAGCUGCUUUACUGAACUGAUGAAAAGGAUGAACCAGAAUUUUCCUCACGGAGGUGCCAUGGACUCUCACUUUGCUAACAUGCGUUCUCUGAUCCAGAUCCUGGACUCUGAGCUGUUUGAACUGAUGCAGCAAAAUGGAGACUACACUCACUUUUACUUCUGUUAUCGUUGGUUUCUACUCGACUUCAAAAGAGAAAUGGUUUAUGAUGACGUGUUCUCUGUGUGGGAAACAAUCUGGGCAGCCAAGUACACGUCCUCUGAGCACUUUGUGCUCUUCAUCGCUCUGGCGCUUGUCGAGAUGUAUAGAGAUAUCAUCCUAGAAAAUAACAUGGACUUUACAGACAUCAUCAAGUUCUUUAAUGAAAUGGCAGAGCGACACAAUGUCCCGCAGGUCCUGAUGAUGGCUCGAGACUUGGUCAACAAAGUGCAGACGCUCAUAGAAAACAAGUGAUGCUGCUGUUGUGCUGCUGCUCCCACGUUUCUUUGUGCUAAAUUGUUGCGAGAUACCGACACAACCACAUAAAAGUCAUUCAAGAAGAAUGGGAAUCGAUGUUAAUGCAAUGCAGUGAUUGGUAAGUACUGAAAAGACAACUGGCCAUUAAAUCUGGUCAUAAUUGUAUAAGAUAGUUGUGUAACAACUUCUUUCCAGUUGCUCCUCUCUAUAUUCAGGAGAUGCAAUUUUUGCCAGUAAAUUUGUUUUCAAAGUGUUAUUGUUCACCUAG